AUGGCGAAGAAUCCAGUAACCGCCACUCUUCUCUGCAUUCUAGCCAUGUGGGUUGUCACCAGCGUCGACUCUGCACACCACGCCGCGCCGUCGCCGGCGGUGGAUUGUUCGAACCUGGUGCUGAACUUGGCGGACUGCCUCUCCUACGUUACCAAUGGAAGCACGGUGAAGAAGCCGGAAGGAUCGUGCUGUUCUGGGCUGAAGACGGUGCUUAAGACCAAUGCCGAGUGUCUCUGUGACGCUUUUAAGAAUAGUGCUCAGUUGGGUAUUACUUUGAAUGUUACUAAGGCUUUGACUCUCCCCUCUGCUUGCCAUCUCUCCGCUCCUUCUGUUAGCAACUGUGGAUUGAGUGUUGCUCCUGGUGCAUCUCCGGGUAUGUAA